GCUGUAAUUGCUGCUGCGGGAGAAAUUGGAGCUGCUGUCGCCGGCGCUCCCGCCCUCCCCCACAGAGAAGAGCCACCGCCUCUUCUUGAGCUCUCCUUAUACACCUAUCGCCAGAAGCGGUGGCGGCGGCGGCGGCAGCAGCAGCCUCCGGACCCACCACAUCUGGCGGACGUUCUGUCGGUCAUUACCUCAGCCCGGCAGCUGAGGGCGGCCCCCUAGUCGCUCCCCGACUCUUCACUUUAGAUCUUCUGCUCCCUGCUCAUCUUUGCCCGAGACCCACCUCCCCCGGUUUCGCCCGGGUGGAGGAGGACAAGGAGGAGACCAGAGUCACCCUCCUUCCAGGCGGCGCCGGCCCCCUCACCCGCGGGUGUGUCCUAUAAAUGGCGUCGGAGAGCGACACCGAGGAAUUCUUUGAUGCCCCUGAAGAUGUGCACCUAGGAGGCAGUUACCCCGGAGGGUCUCCAGGAAAGGUUGGACUUUCAGCAUUAAAGAUUAUUGAAAGUAUUAUUGAGGAAAGUCAAAAAGUACUACAACUUGAAGAUGACUCUUUGGACUCCAAAGGGAAAGGACUCUCUGAUGAGGCGACUGGAACAGAUCUUAGCAGUAUGUCUGGACUGUUAGCCAUAGAUCAAGUACUACAGGAAGAUUCCAAACAACUUGAGAGUCAGAAUGCAUUUGAAGAAGCUGAAUUUGAACCUAAAAAAUGUUUCCUUUCUGAUUAUACUGAUGAGAAGCCAGUAGAGGAAAUAACAACGUUAACUGAAACAAGUUCAACUGAGCAGCUUAAUGUACCUGAAACUGAAGCAGAAGAAUUAAACAAGGAAACUGUGGAAGUCAGACAAAGUGAUGUUCUCGAACCUGCAUCUUCAAAUUCCCUAUCUAGUAAAGAUUUUGCUGCAGCAGAAGAAGAAGUAGCUCCUGCCAAACCUCCAAGACAGCUUACUCCAGAACCUGAUAUAGUGGCUAGUACAAAGAAGCCUGUUCCUGCACGCCCACCCCCUCCAACUAAUGUUCCACCUCCUAGACCCCCACCUCCCUCGAGACCUGCUCCACCACCCAGGAAAAAGAAAAGUGAAUCUGAAUUUGAGGUUCUUAAAACUCCUGAUCUAGAAGUUGCCAAAGAAAGCAUAAUGUCUGAUACUCUCCUAACAACAAACAUAAUUUCAGAGAGCACAGUCAAGGAUGCUCAGCCUUCUCUUGAUUUGGCAAGUGCCACCAGUGGAGAUAAAGUAGUUACUGCUCAGGAAAAUGGAAAAGCACCUGAUGGGCAGACAAUAGCAGGUGAAGUGAUAGGCCCUCAGAGACCUAGAUCCAACUCCGGAAGAGAGCUUACUGAUGAGGAAAUUUUAGCCAGUGUAAUGAUUAAGAACCUGGACACCGGGGAAGAAAUACCUUUAAGUCUUGCAGAAGAGAAACUGCCAACAGGUAUUAAUCCUCUCACUCUGCACAUCAUGAGGAGGACGAAGGAAUAUGUAAGUAAUGAUGCAGCCCAGUCAGAUGAUGAAGAGAAAAUACAGUUGCAAUCUACAGAUACUGAUGGUGGACGGUUAAAACAGAAAACGACUCAACUAAAGAAGUUCCUAGGAAAAUCAGUAAAGAGAGCAAAGCACCUUGCUGAAGAAUAUGGUGAACGUGCUGUAAAUAAAGUUAAAAGUGUUAGAGAUGAAGUGUUUCAUACUGAUCAAGAUGAUCCUUCAUCAAGUGAUGAUGAAGGGAUGCCAUAUACACGACCAGUGAAAUUCAAAGCAGCACAUGGUUUUAAAGGACCGUAUGAUUUUGAUCAGAUCAAAGUGGUACAAGAUCUUAGCGGUGAACACAUGGGAGCUGUUUGGACCAUGAAAUUUUCUCACUGUGGUCGAUUACUUGCCUCAGCUGGACAAGACAAUGUAGUGAGAAUAUGGGCUUUAAAAAAUGCUUUUGACUAUUUCAACAAUAUGAGAAUGAAGUACAAUACUGAAGGGCGCGUGUCCCCAUCACCUUCUCAGGAAAGUCUCAGUUCAUCAAAGUCUGAUACAGAUACAGGGGUAUGCAGUGGAACUGAUGAAGACCCUGAUGAUAAAAACGCACCAUUUCGACAGCGGCCAUUUUGCAAAUAUAAAGGACAUACUGCUGAUCUUCUUGACCUUUCUUGGUCUAAAAACUACUUUCUACUUUCUUCUUCAAUGGAUAAAACAGUCAGGUUGUGGCACAUUUCCAGGAGAGAAUGUCUUUGCUGUUUUCAACAUAUAGAUUUUGUCACUGCCAUCGCUUUUCAUCCAAGACAUUUGAAAUACCAUACACAAAUACAUGUCCGAUCUACCAGAGGUCGCAACAGAGUUGGAAGAAAAAUUACUGGCAUUGAGCCUUUACCUGGAGAAAAUAAGAUACUGGUAACUUCAAAUGACUCCAGAAUCAGACUAUAUGACCUUAGAGAUUUGUCAUUGUCCAUGAAGUAUAAGGGUUAUGUCAACAGCAGCAGCCAGAUAAAAGCAAGUUUCAGCCAUGAUUUUACUUACCUCGUUAGUGGUUCAGAAGAUAAGUAUGUUUAUAUUUGGAGUACUUACCAUGACCUAAGCAAGUUUACUUCAGUCAGGAGAGACCGUAAUGACUUUUGGGAAGGUAUUAAAGCACAUAAUGCAGUCGUUACGUCAGCAAUCUUUGCUCCAAACCCAAGUUUGAUGUUAUCUUUGGAUGUGCAGCCUGAAAAAGCUGAAGACAACGAUCAAGAGGAAGACCCUGAAGUUUCAGAUCCCAUGCCCUCCGGUAUUAUGAAGACAGAUAACACCGAAGUUCUUCUCUCUGCUGACUUCACUGGAGCAAUCAAAGUGUUUAUUAAUAAAAGGAAAAAUGUAUCUUAAUUUGAAAUCACAUUUAAGAUAAACAUAUCAGUAAGUUUCUAUAUGUAUCAGAACAGAAAAAAUAUUAUAGUGCUUUGGGCUGACAUCCUUUUUUAAUUUUUAUUGAAAGUUCAAAUAUAAUAUAUUUUUUGAGCGGUAGUGUUGAUGCUCUAGUAAACCCUGGACUUUGAGACUAGAAAGGAAUGUGGCUAGAAUAAUGUUGCUAAACAUUAAGCUUUAUGUUUUGUUCUGUUUGUAUUUUUGUUAUAUAAUUGUGAACAUGCACAGUUUUCUGCAUGAAAAUAUAUUAAUAUAUGAAUCAUAUGUGUGUGCCUUUUGGUUACAUGCUCUAAAUCUAACAGAGUUAGUUACAUUAUUUCCAUGCCUCUUUUGGCUUCUUACUAGGGGGAAGUCUUGUUUCUAGCUU